AUGGAGCGCAGGUCCGCGCGAGCGGCGGCGAGGGCUGGGAACGGCGAUGCGACGCACCCGCGGAGUAAACCUAAAGCGUCGAGGUCGUCCAAAGUCAAGGGCGGCGUCGCCGGGUGGGUCUCCGCGGCGCGACCCAAGACGCUGACCGCGGCGACGGUGCCCUUCCUGGUGGGGUCGGCGCUGGCGACCACCGGCGGCGGCGAGGCGCGGUGGAUGGAGGCUACCUGCGCGCUGGUCGGAUACUUCCUCAUACAGAUAGGGACCAAUCUCGUGAACGACGCGUGCGACUUCGUGCGAGGCGCGGACACCGAGGAUCGCGCGGGACCGACGCGCGUGACCCAAUCCGGCGUCUUCUCCCCCCGCGCCGUCCACAUCGCCGGCGUGACGUGCUUCGCCCUCGCGGCGUUUGCGAUGUGUCCCGCGGUGGCGCUCAGGGGGGCGCCGAUGGCCCGACUCGUCGUCGCGGCGUGCGGCGCGGGGUACGCGUACACCGGCGGCCCGCUCCCGCUCGGGUACCACGGCCUGGGCGACGUGACCGUGAUCGCGUUCUUCGGGUUCGUGGCCACGUACGGCAUGGCGAGGGUGCACCAUGACGGGACAUCGGCGGAUGGAUCGGGCGGCUCAUCGUGGGAGCGAAACUGGCCGCUCAUCGUCGCAUCCGCGCAGGUCGGAAGCCUGGCGGCGUCGCUGCUCGCGGUGAAUAACCUGAGGGACGCGCGCACCGACGCCAGGUGCGGUAAGAACACGCUGUGCGUGCUGCUGGGCGAGGGGUUCGGGCGGUGGGAGAUCACGUUUCUGGUGUUUGCGCCGUUUUUGCUCCAGCCGUACUGGGCGUGGGAGGGCGCGAGGAGGCUCGGGGUUACGAUGUUCCCGUCCGUCGCGUCGGCGCUGCCCGCGGCGACGGCGCCGCUCGCCGCGUGGGUGGCGAGGGAGACGUGGAGGUUGGAGGUGGGCGACGCGGGGUUCAACGGGACGCUCUCGGCGGCGGCGGCGUUGCACCUCCUGUUCGGAUCAGCGCUGGCGCUGGGUCUCGCGCUCGACGGGGUGGCGUGGCGGGAUUAG